CGAUGAUGAUGAUGGGUCUGAUCGCCGAACUGUCUCAGGGAGAUGUGGCUGGACUGUCAUAGAAGACGAUGUCAACGAUUCUUGCCAAACUAAAAGUUAGCUCUAAGCUCAGCUCCAAGCUCAGCUCCAAGCCCAGCUCUCAGCCAUGUCUGCUAGCGUACUUCUUCUGCCAGAGCACCAGGUCGGAGCUGAACAACGCAGCCUCGGUGCUCCGAGGGCUCAUUUACCUACUCGUGGUGCAAAGAGAGGAUCUCAUACGACAUGUACAGAAGCGGUACGAGACUGCAGGUCGGCAGUUAUUCGAGGGUCCAGCGCCAUCUAUGCGCUGAGGGAGAUUCUGUCAGACAUCCUAAACGGCGAUUCUCUGCAACUGACGUAUCUUCUAGUCGACGCGCUCGACGAGUGCGCAUCCGGACUGUCCGAUCUCUUGCACAUCAUCACCGACCACAAUCUAGCCUGGCGGUCGAGAGUCAAGUGGCUGGUGACGAGCCGCAAUGUUCCAGACAUUGAGCGUUUCCUGCAGCCCGACUCGCUCGGCGUCAAGGUCAGCCUUGAGCUCAGCGCUAGUCACGUGUCGAAAGCGGUCGCGUCGUUUGUAGACUUUAAGGUGCAGCGCUUAGCCGCCGCACAAAGUCACGAUGCUGAGACGCAAGCAGAGGUGCAGCUGCUGCUCCGCAAAAAAGCAGAGGGCACGUUUCUGUGGGUAUCGCUGGUUUGCAAAGAGCUGGAGAGUGUGCCGCUGUAUCGUACGCGAACAGUGCUGCGGGAGCUGCCGCCCGGGCUAGACCCGCUUUACGAUCGUAUGAUAGAGCAGAUCCUGGCUCAGAAUGAUACACAGACGGCGCGGUUCUGCGAGGACAUUCUUCGGUCCGUCACCCUCGCCUACCGACCGCUGCGACUGAAGGAAGUCGCUGCUACUGCCGGCCUCCCUACGAACGAGUUUAACAAUGUCCAAGGAGUCACCGACCUCCUCUUCGAGGACGACCAGCGUAUACGUUCAGUAUAUUUCGAAUGUGAUGACGUUCGCAUCGACCUUGGCGACGAGCGCAUAUUAUGUCUUUCCGUCCGUAACAUCUCGCAUGGCUACCUUGGCGAGGAGCCGUAUGCCACAAGGCAGUGCCUUCUCCUCUACCUGACAGGCAAAGGAGAGUCGACGUAUUUCCGAAUUGGUAGGUGGGAUGUUGAGAUCCCAGAACCGCCCCGUCCGUGGAUUGUGAGAGGUGUGGAUUACUCACAUUUGCAAUUGGAGAAGCCCAGGGAGUUUGAUUAUUCGAAGCCAUCAUACGAGGGAUGGGAAAUGACCGACGUGACAAUUCUGUAGCAUCGGUGAGGGAGCCAUUCCAGCACAGUGACUAUGAGGUAUUAUUGAUAUGGGAUGAGUUUAUUGGCGGAGCCUUGAUACGAGGGAACGGAAACGGAAGUGGGGGUUGGAAAAAGCAUGGAGCAGCUGAAAGGGCCAGCAAUCAACGAGCAUCCUUCAAGCCCACCCCCGUGGAAGGGCUGUCGGCAAUUUCGUGGCGUUCUUUCGGUUCGCCCAAUGCUGUUCCGGUGAAGUACUCGGUUCGCCUAAUCGCCUAGUCCUCAGCGUUCGCAGAUUAGGGACUUCCGACAGCUAGCCGAAAUCGGUAAUGGUGGUCAGACGCAAACAGGGAAUGUAACGUGGCCCUGCUUAUGUAGCCG